AUAUCGUUCAUUUUCGUGUUUGUUGUGGUGCGGGUCGGCUGCUAAGCUGCGUUUCGGUUUCUGGUGUCCCAAAUUGAAAUUCUAUGUUUUGAGAGAAUUUUAGAAAUAUGCCACAAUUAAAAAAAUUACCCGUUUUUCCGGGAAAUAUCUUACCUAAGAUUAAUGUAGGUGAGAUUCUUACAUCUUCAGACAGUCAAAACAUUUUGCCUUCAUCUUACUUAACUUUGUUAAUGGACGGAGAUAGUUCUCACAUCCUGACCAGUGAAGCUGAAAGUGAUGGGGCUGAUAUAAAUCCAAGCCGCCCCAGAAAACGGCAGCGUUUAGAUCAUUUAACCCAAGAAGAAAAAAUAUUACGCAGGAAAAUGAAAAAUAGGGUUGCAGCACAGACCGCCCGAGACAGAAAAAAAGCAAGAAUGUUUGAACUUGAAGAACAGAACUUAGAACUUCAAAAAUCACAAAAAAUACUUCUAUAUACAAUAGUAGAACAGAGAAAAACAAUUGCUGAACAAACAGAAAAAAUAAACUCUUUAGAAAAAAGACUAGCACUGCUGGAAGAUCAUUGCAGUUCUGAAAAAUCAAAAGAAUGUAGUAGGGUGAAAGAUGAAAGUAAGUGUGACAAAGUUGCAGAAACCAAAGUGUUGGCAGAUAGUGGUUCUCUUGGGCAAGCUUCGCUCAUUAGUGUUUCUCGGCUGCAGAGACAGGAUCCACGGAUGCUUACCCUCUGGAUGAUGCACUGCGUCUACUUACCGGCGAUGGCCAGGCUGAUGACAUUCUGGAUUUACUUCAAAAUUGUAGCAAUGACCUUCUGCAGUGCGACCUCCUUAACACCUUGUAUGAAAGUGGAGAAAGUAGAAAAGAAUCUUCAGGAUCAUCCGAAAUGGUGGGGACCACAACAAAAGGCUUGGAAUCCCACAAAGAACUAGUUCAUUUCGAUCACAUUUAUUAUAAACAGGAACCUGUUCAUGAUACGGCUGCAACCCUGACUUUACCAGCUUGUGACUUAUCCACAAAGGAAACUGCCAUUCCUCCCACCAUAAUCUCCUGUGAAAGUCCAGACGCAGUCAUGGAUGUUGCACAGCCAAUGGAAAUUCCUGUAAUAUCUAUUACAAAUCCCAGUGAAUUGGACUCAAAUUCUGACAUAUUGCAUUUCAAUUGCGACACAUUUUCACUUGAAGAAAUUGAUGACCAAUUAUUAUACACACAAGAAGUCAAAAACUGUUCAAGUCCUGCAUCAAGCAGCGAUGCUGGUUAUGAUUCUUCUUUUUCAGCUCCGUCUCCCAGUGAGGAUGAUCAGAGGUGGGGGGAUUCAUUAACAGAACUUUUUCCUUCUCUGAUUUAAAAUGAUUUGUUAUGUUGAAAUUUUAAAUUUAUUUAUUUACUUAUUAAAUAUUGUUCGAAUUUAAAAAAAUUAUGGAAUAUAUAUAUAUAUAUAUUGAGAUUAUAUAUUGUACAUAGCCUGGUGCCUUUGUGAAUAAAAUCACUUAUUGUGUAAAGUCA